UGCGCGCUCUGUAGAGGUCGUGGGAAGUUUGUCUCUGUCGCCUACCGUAGUGACGUCUUGUCAAAACAAGAAACAGGCUGCUAGUGAUUACAGCCGGAUAGUUGGUUCAAACUUGGCUUAAUAGCUGACUUUUAGCAUAAUGUCUCAGGAUGCCUGGUUACAAAAUUAUGAUGCCACUUGCCGCUUGGCACAGGAAAUAGCUGAAAACAUCCAUGAACGGAACAGACAACAGAGAACGGGGGGGAACCCUGCAAAGAUAAACAUGACGCUACGGGCUUCACUUCAGAAGCUGAAACAAAAUAUCGCUCAGCUCAAGGAGGGCUUGUUGCGGGCAUCCUCAUCUCGCCGCAUAAUGCAGCCCGAAGCUGACAGAAGGCAGAACCUCAUUGAUGACCUGCUAACCAGAGAGAAGCAGCUAAAUGCAACUUUCAAGGGCGAUAUUACAGAGUCUGAACCCUCCAGGUCCACAUUGAUGGCCGGAGGAGCAGGAGCCAGUGGAGGCACUUCAGCCAACCCUUGGCUGAUCAACGAAUCGGAGGAGACCAAGGGGCUGACCUUCGGAGAGAUUAAACAGCAGCAACAACGAGUCAUUGAGGCUCAGGAUGCAGGCUUGGAUGCACUAGCAGCUGUCAUCAGCCGACAGAAGAUAAUGGGCCAGGAGAUUGGAAAUGAACUGGAUGAACAGAAUGAAAUUAUUGACGACCUUGCACAUCUUGUGGACACGACAGAUAACAGGAUUCGUAAUGAAACACGAAGGGUGAAGCUGGUGGAGACGAAGUCAGCCUCUUGUGAGGGUCCCGCUUUUCAGAGGGAAACAGCUGCCACGAGAUGUGUGUUAACUGGCUCUGAAGCCAACCUAUGGAAUGUGGCAGUGAGUGUGAGUGAGGCUGGCUCAGUAGGCCCUGUGAAAUGCCAGACCGCAUUGCUAUGGCAAAGACUGCAUUGUUGUGCACGGAGACCUCACAGCCAGGAACAGAGCAGGCAAUAGGAAGGUCAGCCCCCCAAAUGCUUCAUUCUGUUGGUCUUGUCCCCAUGGUGCCUGAGCGCGAGUUUGUUUGAAGAUCCCAGAGCUUAGAUUGUGUUAGAAUCAGGACUCUUUUUCUCUUUUUGUUGAACGUUUUUUUGCCAAGUCCCUCGAUCUUCACAGGCAGAAGAGUAUUCCUGGGCUGUUUGUGCAUUUGUUUGUGUGUCCAUUUAUGUAUAUGAUCACCUGCAAGUUUGUAUCCAGCAAAUACAUCUACAUUUGCUUUCUAGUACUGGAUUGGAGCCCCUUUUGCAUUUAAAACUUCCUUAAUUUUUUGGUGUAGAUUCAACAAGGUGCUGGAAAGAUUUUUCUCAGAUUUUGGUCCAUAUUUACAUGAUACCAUUACACAGUUCCUGCAGACUUGUCAGGAGCACAUUCAUGACUUAAAUAUCACAUUUCAUCACAUCACAAAGGAUCUCUACUGGAUUUAGAUAUGGUGACUGUGGAGGCCCUCCUAGUGCAUGCUGUUUAUGCUAAAUUCUGACAAUACCAUCUGAACAUUGAUGAGUCUCAAUUUCUGCUGCAGACCAGACAAUAUUUUUCCAAUAUAGUGUUGUCUAAUUUUGGGAUCCAGUACAAAUUAUUGCCUCAGUUUCUUGCACUUAGUGUCAGGACUGGCACUGGUGUGCUCUUCCGCUGCUGCUGGCCAUCUGCUUCAAGGUUUAAUGCAUUUUGCAAUCAGAGUCACUUUGUUGCAUACUUUGGUUGUAGAGUGAUGAUUUGAGCUACUGUUGCUCUCCUAUCUGCUUGAAGCAGUUUAGCCAAUCUUCUCUGACCUCUGGCAUCAACAAGGCCUUUUCACCCAGAGAACUGUCACUCACUGGAUAGGAUUUGUUUUUCAGACUCUUCUCUGUAAACCCUAGCCAUCCAUGAAAAUCUCAGUAGGUCAUGAGUUUCUGAAAUAUUCAGACCAGCCCAUCUGGCACCAAUAACCAUGCCACAUUAAAUCAUCUUUGUUCCCCAUUCUGAUGCUCAGUUUGAUCUUCAGCAGGUCGUCGUGACCAUGUUUACAUGCCUAAAUGCAUUGAGUUAAUACCAUUGGAUUGGCUGAAUAUUUACAUUAAUGAGCAGUUGAACAGAUGAAACAGGUGAACCUAGUAAAGGUGAGUGCAUGUUUGCAUUUUGCAAGUGUGCAAGUGUACAAUUUAUUACAACAGUAUUUAAAGGUAUUUCUUAUGUCUACGUGUGUGUGUGUGUGUGUGUGUGUGUGUGUGUGUGUGCGUGUGUGUGUGUGUGUGUGCAUGCAUGCAUUUGUGUGUUAGUGAUUCGUUUUGGCAAAUGGAAAAUUCCCCUGUGGUCUUUUUCACUCUCACCUCUGUUCAAUCUUUCUUUUUUUUUUCCAAUCCUUUCUGUCAUCCCCCGUUUAUCUUCUCAUGUUUGACACUCGUCUUUGUGUCAAGCACAGAAAGAACUGAAAGUACUACAUGCCACAAAUUGUUUGGAGGGCUUUCCUUCUUUCUUCAUGGCAGUGUGUUUGUAAUUCCUCAGCUUUAAGGCUUUGUUUAUUUUUAAGACCACCUUUCAUCCAAAACCGGUGUUUGGUGUUAUGUCUUAGCUGAGUUCUUGUAAAGUUAGGAACGUCUGGCUGGAACAGCCAAACGCAUACUUAACAUAGCAUAAUGGAAAUUACUGUAGUUUUCCCAAUAUCAGCAUGCUUUUGCACUCUGAAGAUAGGGGCAUAGCAAAUUUUCGUGCAUACAUGCAAACAUACAAACAAACAAAAAACACCAUACCAAAAAAUUUAGUUGAACGUUUGAAAAGGGUAAGCUCAUCCUUGAAAAGGGUCAUCUCACCACAAGAGAAGGGCCCACAUAUUGCUAAACCAUGGUUCCUGGAACACACUGUGCAUAACUAGUGCCCUGUAGUGUUGAGAAAUAUCCAUUUUGCUGAAACAUAUUAGAUUCCUGCACAGAGUAGGCUUCAAUCCACCCAAGAUUAAGAUUGUUUUGACUGCAUUUAUAAAUUUUCUUCAUUCAAAAUUUCAGUUUUGUGCACCUCAGAUGUUAAGUUUCUAUUUCAUCAUCAGUACCUUGAUGUAGGUGUCUUGAUUCCAAUAACAUGAAAAAACAACCCCAAACAGGAAGUAAUAGUUUUCUAGAGUCCUUCAAUAAACAUCUGAGAAGUUUGCGUUAUUCUAGCAAAAAAGGGGGGACUUGCAGUUUUUUUUGGGGGGGGGGGGUUGUUUUUUUGUUUUUACGGACUACAGCUCAUAGGUUUUCCUGAAUAUGUGUGGCAGAUUAGUCUAAGGGAUGCCAGAAAUGCCAUUACUGAAAGUGUAAGUUAGAGCACAUAAAAUCAGAUAACAUCAACUUGAAUAACCCUCCCAACAGAGCUUAUCCUAAAUUUGUAGAGGACAUUUGCAGGAACCCCCUGAAUCCCACAGGUGGUUUGAAUCAGACGUUGGUUUAUGACGGACAGAAUUUGACUCUCUUUUGAGAAGAGCGUGUUUGCUUAACAUUAUCUAUAAUUGCAAAUUAGGAGUUACCAAGAAAAACACAAAGUAUGGGAGAUAAAUAUAACAUUAAAACUGUUUUUUGAUAUUUUAUGGCAGUUUUUGUUCCUCUUAACGCC